AUGCAGCAGAAGGCAUGGAUGGAAAAGAAUUAUUACCAUUCUCGCUUCUCUGUCUUGUUUCUUUGCUCUCUCCUAUAUAUCUUCCUCUCAGCGUCCGACGCAGCAGCCGCACCACCCCUACCAGGGCCUUCGUCCAUUCGAUCCGAAGCAGCAGCACUCCUCAGAUGGAAAGAAAGCCUUGAGGGACCACACGGCAACCUCACUUACGAUCUGAAGACAUGGACGCCACCAUCCGGUGCUGCUACUUCCCGUCCUAAAGUGUCAGUUAGCCCUUGCAGUUGGGAGGGCAUAAUCUGCAACUCUGCUGGAAGUGUGACCGAGAUACACCUUCAGGACAGGGGACUAAGAGGAACACUUGAUGAAUUGAGCCUCUCAUCCUUUCCGAGCCUUGCUCAUCUCGAUCUCAGCGGCAACUUAUUGGAGGGCGUACUUCAAAACCUGAGCUUCUCCUCUAUCAACAACCUCAUUCACCUCGACCUCAGUGACAACGACUUCUAUGGCACACUGGAUAACUUGAGCUCCUCUCCGGGCCUCACUUAUCUUGACGUCAGUCGCAAUGGGCUGCAUGGGAGAUUUCCUUCAAACAUCAGGGAGACUCUUCCCCAGCUAACGCACCUUUAUGUUUCUGGGAAUCGGCUUUCAGGUACGUUGCCUCCCCUGUUCAACAACUGGACCAAUCUCAAUUCGCUUGGACUCGACUCCAACAAUUUUUCUGGAAGCAUUCCUCCCGAGAUCGGCAAGCUCGCAAAACUUGAGAUCUUGGACUUGUCUUAUAACCAGCUGAAUGGCUCGAUCCCGGAAGAGAUUGGAGGUCUCGUGAAUCUGGUCUCACUACAUUUGAUGAACAAUUCGUUGUCCGGAGUCAUCCCUUCUUCUAUUGGCAAUUUGAGCGACUUGGGAUAUCUGUCACUCCAUGGCAACUCAAUCUCCAGUUCAAUUCCUCAGGAAAUCGGACAUUUAGGAAACCUGGUUCUUGUAGAUCUCGGCAGUAAUUUGCUCGGUGGUAUCAUCCCAAAAUCUAUAGGUGGUUUGUUGAAGCUAAACUUUCUGCAUAUUGUUUUCAAUAACAUUCCUGGUUCCAUCCCCUCUGAAAUAGGAAACCUUACGAGUCUUUAUUACCUUAAUGCAUCCCAUAAUUCUCUCGGUUCUAUCCCCUCUGAAAUAGGAAACCUUACGAGUCUUCUUUCCCUGGAUGCAUCCCAUAAUUAUCUCUCUGGCAACAUUCCGAGAUCGUGGAGUAACCUGGGCAGUCUUUACGAUUUAAGACUUGACGGGAACAGGCUCAGUGGUGGUCCAAUCCCACCAGAAAUUGGGAGUCUCACGAAUCUUACUUUUCUAAGCCUCGACCUCAACAGAAUUUCUGGUCCAAUCCCCCAAGAAAUGGGGAGCCUGUUAAGUGUGGGUAAUCUAAGUCUGUCGAAUAACUCUUUGAUAGGUCCCCUUCCUUCAUCGCUUGGUAACCUUUCUCGGCUAGAGGGUUUGUACCUCGAUGGAAAUCACAUUUUUGGUCCAAUACCGCCAGAAAUUGGAGAGCUUCAACGUGUUUCUGUUUUAGAUCUGUCGGGUAACCGAUCCCCCCGUCUUUGCGCAAGCUCGUCCUCCUCAAACGUCUUCACCUCAAUAGGAAUAGACUUUGUGGGUCGAUCCCUCCAGAGCUAG